AUGGAUCAAAAUGUUAGUCAUGGUGUUGAACGUGUAAACAAUAUGAAGCCUCCGAAUUCUCCAGGGGAAUUUGUUGUGGAGUGUGCAAGAUGUUUCAAAUGGAGGUACAUUCCUUCAAAGGAAAAGUAUGAAGAAAUUAGGGAACACAAUUUGGAAAGGCCCUUCUAUUGUGAAAUAACUCGUGAAUGGCAUUCUAAUAAAAAAUGUGACGAUCCACCUGAUGUCACUGAAGAUGAAAGCGGACUCAAGUGGGCAAUUGAUGCGCCUAAUAUUCCUCAGCCUCCACCAGGGUGGGAAUGUCUUAUAAAAUUCAGAACAAAUAGAGUCAGCAGGUAUUAUAAGCGGUCAUCGCCAUCUGAGAAAACAACACUUCGUUCCUCAAUUGAAGUUGAAAAGUAUGUUCUUAUUAUCAAGUUGAAUCUGCUUUGCAGAACGGUUUUAUUUUCCUAA